UAUUUGUCGAUUUUCGACACACCAGCGCCAGAUCCCCGCCCUGCGGCCACGGAAAACGGCGCUGCAGCCAAACCGGCGGCGAAAAAGAAAAAAUCUCCUGCUGCCGCAACCAAGAAGCAGCUGAUUGACCAACUGAUCCGUGAAAUGAGCCAGGAUGAGGACAACAACGACUCCGUGGAUCAGGCACCACCGGCGAAAAAGAGCCGGAAGAAGAAGGACACUUCCGGUUCGUCGAAGGCCGACUCCUCCGGCAAUAACAACACCAGCAAGAGCAGCGUUAAGGAUAAACCUGCAAAGCCAAAGAAACCGAAGACAGCCGGUCUCAAGAUUAAGCUGCAGGACCACAGGAAGCACAAGGAAAAGUUGCGCAAAAGUUUGCAAGGAGUGGAGAACUCCCGGCAGGCCGCCGCUUCGACGAGUAUGCUGGAAGCUUCCUUCAACGGUGACUCGCUCAAAGAUCGCUCGAACCAUUCGACGCCGGUCCACCACAAAGGGGCGAAGGCAGCUAAAAAGAACAAGAACAAGUCCCACAUCAUGCCACUGCCGCUGACGUUUACCCCGUCGAAGGUUGUGGUCAAACAGGAACCAAAGACUCCGCGUAGGCCGACAAUGCUGAAUGUGGAGACUUCCAGCGGUUCGCUAGAUAGUGUUGAGAUUGGUCGGGAAAAGUUCAGUUGGGUCAUCGGCCCUUCGACCACGGUCGACGAGUUUAUGGCGCAAUUUUGGGAGAAGAAACCUUUCCUGGUGCAACGGAGCGAUCCCACGUACUACGCUAAUCUGCUGUCGCGGGGAAAGAUCGAUGAAAUGCUCCGUAACAACAACAUUGAGUACACGAAGAAUCUGGACGUCACUUCGUACCGGGAGGGAGUUCGCGAGACGCACAACCCGGACGGAAGAGCGCUUCCACCGGAUGUGUGGGCGUUUUACGAAGAAGGUUGCUCGAUCCGGAUGCUCAACCCGCAAACGUACCUUCCCUGUGUGUACGAAAUGAACGUAAAGCUGCAAGAGUUCUUCCACUGCAUGACGGGAUCCAACUUUUACCUUACGCCACCAAACAGCCAAGGAUUUGCGCCACAUUACGACGACAUCGAAGCUUUCGUGCUGCAGGUCGAAGGACGCAAACACUGGAAGCUCUACAGCCCUCGAACGGCCUCCGAAGUGCUGGCUCGAGUCUCUUCACCCAACUUUACGCAGGAGGAAAUCGGCGUCCCUAUACUGGAAGUGACGCUCGAACCCGGUGACCUGCUCUACUUCCCACGUGGCAUCAUCCACCAGGCGAGCACCGUUCCGGGCCACCAUUCGCUGCACGUGACCAUGAGCGUCUACCAGAAGAACAGCUGGGCCGACCUACUGGAACUCUACCUCCCUCACGCCCUAAGCCAAGCCGCCGAGAACCACCUGGAACUCCGCCGUGGCAUCCCCCAAGACCUCCACCAACAUUUCGGAAUCGUCCACUCGGACAACGAAACCCCCACCCGCAAGGACCUAAUCAAAAAAAUCAAGUCGCUGGUCGACAAAAUCUUCAGCGAAGAGGCCAUCGACGUGGCCGUGGACCAGCUGGCCAAACGCUUCCAACACGACGCCCUCCCCCCGCUCCUCACCGACCAGGAACGCGCCCAAACCGCUUACGGCGCCAACUACGCCUUCAACCCGGACGGAACCGUCCCCCUCCAAACAGCAUUCACCGAACGAACCACCAUUCGUCUGCUCCGCCGGAACAUUGUCCGGCUGGUCAACGAGGAGAACACGCUGCGACUGUACUACCACACGGAAAACUCCCGCGAGUACCACGAGUACGAGCCAAACUUUCUGGAAGUUGACCAGGAUGCGGCUCUGGGAGUGGAGCUGUUGGUGAAAAUCUACCCGGAAACGGUGGCCAUCGGAGCGCUGCCCGUCGAGGACAAGGUCGAGUUUGCCAAGAGUUUGUGGGAGAAGGGGCUGAUUGUGGCGAGGGGUGAGUAGAGUGGCGGAGGUUUUGCCAAGUUAGUAAGGUAAGAGGCAGUUUCUGUUGAUUUGAAUACAAGUAUUUUUAUCUUGAAU